UCUCUACUUUGGCUUUAUUCUUAUAUUCACACACAAAGCUUCUCCUUUAAAAACAAAAGCCUAAUCCUUCUAUUCUCUUCUCACCAACGACUGAUAGAAGUCCUCAAAUCAUAUAGAGAAAAUGGCAAAAGCAAUUCCUGUGCUAAUUUGCCUCUUGAUUGUAGUCAUUGAUGUUGUGGCUGGCAUACUGGGAAUUGAAGCUGAGGCUGCUCAAAACAAGGGCAAGAACCUAAGGUUUCUAUUUAUUGAAUGCAAAGAGCCUGUCCACCAAGCCUACAGGCUGGGCCUAGCAGCCGCAAUCCUUCUUGGAUUAGCCCACACCAUCACCAUUCUACUUGGUGGGUGCAUCUGCAUUUGUUCAACCGAAGAAUUUCGCAGGUCAUCAAGGAACAAGCAACUUUCAGCCGGCACCCUAAUUUUGUCAUGGAUUAUUCUUGCUGUGGGCUUCACGAUGCUGAUUGUUGGCGCCUUAUCCAAUUCGAAGUCUCGGGUUACUUGUGGAAUAGCGCAUCACAAUUUCUUGUCUACAGGAGGGAUACUGUGUUUUGUUCAUGGCGUGCUUAGUGCUGCGUACUAUGUAUCGGCUAGUGCUUCACGCUGGGAAGAGGAUGGGAUGAUUAGAAGAGAAGCGGGAGUUUAAUAGUCAUUCUGAUGAAUUGACUUAUGUAUUUGAUUUUAGUUUUGUAAAGAAAAAUUGACUGAUAAUAUGUACCUUCAAUCUUGGAUUUGGAGAUUUGUAUGGAUUCAUUUUGGACUUGAAUUAUGCUCAUUUUCUUUCUUUUUUCAC